CUCUCUUCACUCGCUUUUGAACAACUACUUAAAUGUGAACUUUUGCCAAAAUUAAACGAGGCCAGGCCACCACCACACACCACCAACCGCCACCGGAGGGCCUCGCCGACGACGGGUGGUGAAAGCUAGUAGUAGCUGUGAACUCUCGUUUUUUUCUAUUGAAAGAUGGGUCAGGGGCUGAGUUGUGGGGCGAAUCAAGAGAAUGAGUUCUAUGGUGCAGUUAAAGUUGGAGAUAUUGAAACCGUGGAAGCUUUGUUAAAGAGAGAACCCAGUCUUCUAUAUCAUACAACCGUUUAUGAUCGCCUUUCCGCGCUUCAUAUAGCUACUGCUAAUGGCCAGAUCGAGAUUUUGGGUAUCCUUUUGGAAAAAUCCUCGAACCCGGAUGUUGUGAAUCGUCACAAGCAGACUCCACUUAUGUUGGCUGCAAUGCAUGGGAAGAUCUCCUGUGUGAAGAAGCUCAUUGAAGCUGGUGCCAAUAUCUUAAUGUUUGACUCCCUCCAUGGAAGGACUUGCUUGCACUAUGCAGCCUAUUAUGGUCACUUUGACUGCCUUCAAGCCAUCCUCUCUGCUGCUCAAUCGAGCCAUGUUGCCGUUUCAUGGGGAUAUGCACGGUUUGUGAAUAUAAGAGAUGCUAGGGGAGCCACUCCCUUGCACUUAGCAUCCCGUCAAAGACGGCCUGAAUGCGUUCAUAUCCUGUUAGACAAUGGUGCUCUUGUUUGUGCUUCAACUGGUGGAUAUGGUUUUCCAGGAAGCACUUCUCUUCAUUUGGCUGCUAGAGGUGGAUCUCUCGAUUGUAUCCGUAAGUUGUUGGCCUGGGGUGCCGAUCGUCUUCAAAGAGAUGCAUCUGGGAGAAUACCAUAUGUAGUUGCUCUUAAGUACAAACAUAGAGCAUGUGCCGCUCUGUUAAAUCCUUCAUCAGCCGAACCUCUUGUUUGGCCAGCACCUUUGAAGUUCAUUAGUGAGCUCAACGAUGAGGCAAAAUCACUAUUAGAACAGGCCUUAAUGGAGGCAAACAGGGAAAGGGAAAAGAACAUCUUGAAAGGAACAAGUUAUGCACUUCCAUCACCUUCACCCGUGCACUCUGAUUCGGGGUUAGAUGACACUAUAUCUGAGGCUAGCGAUGCCGAAGUAUGCUGCAUAUGCUUUGAACAGAUCUGCACGAUUGAAUUUCAGGACUGUGGCCAUCAAAUGUGUGCACAAUGCACACUGGCCCUUUGCUGCCACAACAAGCCAAACCCCACAACCGCACAUGUAACACCCCCGUUAUGCCCCUUUUGCCGGAGCACCAUUGUCCGGUUGGUGGUAGCUAAGAUAAAAGAUUGCGACGAUGCCGAUCACGAGAUGGACAUCAGUUCCCCGAAGCUGAGAAAAAUCAUUUUAGAUACUAAACUUAGAGGUAUAUUAUUUUGUUACUAA